AUGGGGGCGCGGUGGGCGCGGUGUGCGGCUCUGGCGCUGGCAUGGUGCGCGUGCGCCGCCGCGCCCGCCGGCUCGCCGUCCGCGCCCCCGUCCGCUCCCGUCCCCUGCGACCCACUGAUGCUUAAAAAGACACCACCGUUGCCACCGAAUGUUCGAGAGUAUGAAGCUGCAGUUGCACAAACAGCGCGUGCAUUAUCGGAGCUGGUGGAACAGGGCGCAGCGGAUGAGGCGAGAGCAGCAGCACUUGCCAGGGCCGCUUCCCGCACUCCCCUCCGACCUCCUCCCGCUGCUGUAGCUCUAGGCGCUCCUCAACUACACCUCGGAAUACUCUUCAUUACAGAGCCACAAACUCUUAUUGUAUUCCAACAAAACAACUCAGCCUCUCUUCAACAAUUCUGGCGCACUUUAGCCUCAGCCUGGAAUGCUAGCAUGGUCCUUUGGUCCAAUACGUGGUAUUCGUGCGAAGGGACAGCAGGUUGGUGGGGUGGGACUGCGGCGGCGAGAGGUGCAGGUUCAUAUCGUGCGGCUGCUGCUCUCUUUCGGCGUAUACCUGCUUUACCUUGUGAGGAAGCUAUGUAUGAUUGGCUGGGUGGGAAGCCUUUAUGUGAUCCAAUGACAACAGAAUGUGAAGCUUUUCCACCUGAAAGCAAAAAUCGAAGAUUGGAGUAUCAUUGUAAAUGCAGCUCCGGUCACUGGCACGCAGGGGGAGGAGGAUGGAUCAGUAGAACGACCCUGUCUCAAAGAGGUCAACUGAACUGCACGCCCUGUGGCCUGGGUAGCAACCCUGCCGCCUGUCUCGCAGAUGCCUAUCGCGCCUCUCUUCUGGCAGCAAAUCUUGCCGGCAUGCUUCUCUGCAUUAUUAUCGGAUUUAUUAUAUUUAAAAAGAGAAAAUGUAAAGCGGUUGCUAUGGGUAUGUGGACUGUACUUGAAGUAGUUCUUCUUGGUGCAAUGUUAAUGUAUGCAUCGGCCGCUUCCCAAUACAUAUCGGUUGCUCGAUGGCGGUGUGUAGCGGGCGCUUGGUUGCGGGAGCUCGGAUUCGUAGCUUGCUACGGAUCCGUAGUAUUGCGGCUGUGGGUGCUUUUGGCAGAAUUUCGCACACGAAAAGCGCAUCGGUGGACACCGAGAGACUCUGAGGUGCUUAGGAUAGUAGCAGCAAUGGUGCUUGGAGCAGCGUGCUACCUCUCUGCGUUCACGGCGACAACAGCGUGUGAGGCAGAUGUAAGUGGAGGCUGCGCGCGCGCCGCCUGGCAUCAUGUCACCGCUGCUGCAGAAUUACUACUCCUUUUUGCUGGACUUCAGAUAGCGUACGCUGCAAGAAAUGCUAAUGUACCAUUUCAGGAGCGCGGGUGGUUAGCAACGGCGAUAUGGGCGGAGGGUCUAUGCGGGACGGCGUGGCGGGCGGCGGCCGUGGCGGGGGCGGCGCCCGAGCGCUCUGCCCUAGCAGCAGCCGCACGCGCACACCUCUCCUCGGGCAUCGCUCUCGCCUGCGUACUUGCACCUCGUCUGUGGCACGGAUACCGCACACGCUCACUUGCUCAGGAAGUAUCAAGGCGCGGGCCCGCAGAAGGCUUCGGCGCUGAAGGAGAAGAAGAACCAACAUCGGAAGAAGUACGUGCAGAACUAAAAAGACUUUAUGUACAAUUGGAAAUUCUACGCAACCAGACUCUACGUCGCGAUAACCCGCACAUCAGUAAACGCCGUGGAGGUAGAAAACCUCCACAUAGGCGGUUCUCGUUACAGAAAAAAGGCAGUCGUGAAAAGGCUCUGCAAGCUCGACGAGGUGGUAAAAAUAAAGGAGGUGGUAGCGCGAGCGUGAUGGAGGCGAGUGAGGCGGGAGACGCUUCUAGAACUCCUGAAGACUCCGUAUGCUCAGCCGAGGGCCCGUCACAUUACACCGACGGAGACUCG